AUGGCAGCAGCAGCAGCAGCCGGCCGGCGCACGGUCGUCGUCACUGGAGCUGACGGGGGCAUCGGGAGCUCGUUUUGCAAGCACUACGCAAGCAAAGGUGACCAGGUCUUCGCCUGCAGACGAAAAGCAACCCCGGACGCGAGCUCGCUCUUCGACAACAACCCGAACAUCCACGUGGUGGACGGGGUGGAUGUUACCAUGGACGAAGGGGCGGGGUGUCUCGUUAGCGCCCUCGAGAAGGCCGGCAGCCCGAAGGUGGACGUGCUCAUCAAUAAUGCGGGAGUCAUGAAGCGAGACCGUAACACGCUGGACAUCGGUGUUUUGCGCGAGUCCAUGGAGGUUAACGCCUACGGUGCUUUGAGAAUCACCAACACUCUGCUCGGCAAGAGGAUGUUGGCUGCUCCUGGGGCAAAAAUCAUCUUGAUCACAUCAAAGAUGGGAUCGAUGGCGGAUAACUCAUCGGGCGGAGCUUACGGGUAUCGCAUGUCCAAGGCCGCACUCAAUGCUGCGGGUGUGUCAUUGGCCCACGAUCUGAAGGGCGAUGGUAUGGCCGUUGCCAUUCUUCACCCGGGCUGGGUGAGGACAAGGAUGACCGGCGACUCCGGAUUGGUUGACACCCACGAGUCGGUGGCGGGCAUGACGGAUAGAAUCGAGGAGCUAGACCUGUCGAAUUCGGGAACGUUUUGGGGGUUCAAGGGCGACGUCAUCCCGUGGUGAUGCUACGAACAGACAGAUUUUUUGCUUUUAUGGCUUGCGCUGCCCACCAAGAAGGGCAGACUAGAAUUGAGUGACGUGCAUUUUUUUGUUGUGUUGACAACGCGCGGAACAGAGGUCGACAUCCGAUGACGAUAGGGGUCAUGAAGAACGACUCCCUACCAGAGACGGAACCUAGGGAAUGGAUGCCUUGCGGUCCUUGCAAUGAGCUUUGGUUGCGCUGUCCACGGGCGUGCAGGGCUUGUCGGAUGCCUAUACGUAGGCAUGGGAGUUGGUAUCGAGGCAUGCUGAGUGUUGCGUUUGUUUUGUGCAAACGAGAAAACAGUGUUCAGCAUCGAGGCGCCAGGUUGUUGCACGUUGCCGACGCAUGUGCGCGUUCAAGCGCCCACCUCAAAAUACUUCUUCAGCAGAGAUCUUUGGUAAUUUGAAGUACAAAUUAAACCUG